CCUCGCUGUCGCCCUCUGCCCCCGAGAGGCCUCUGAUUUGUGGAUUACUGAAUGGAAAUGUCUGACACAGUCAAACCUGUGACCUCGUUCCUCAUAGAGGACAUCCUCUCCGUUAAGGACGACACAGUAUUUAAUGGCCAACGCUGUUCACAGAAGAUGGAAAGAUGUUCACAGUGGAAAGAAGAAAGGUUCUCAGAGCCACUCUGCCCUCAGGGGACAGCAUUCGGAGUGCAGACAGGGUCUCUGGACACAUCCUGUCCCAGCACCUCAGAGUCCAGCAGCUUUUCCUCCUCGGGGAAACAGAAGCGCUCCAGAGCAGCGUUUACACACCUCCAAGUGCUUGAACUGGAGAAGAAAUUUAACCACCAGAAAUACCUGUCUGCCCCAGAGAGGGCUCACCUGGCAGGCACCUUAAGACUAACCGAGACUCAAGUGAAAAUUUGGUUUCAGAACCGCAGGUACAAGACGAAACGAAAGCAGCAGACAUCGGAGUUCUGUAAGGACGUGUACAAAGCAGAGGGUCUGGGUCUGAGAGACGAGCUAGUCCGAUCAUCACUGAUCACCUCCUUCUGCAAAGCUUACCAAUGCAGACCCUACAUGUGGGACUACAGGGGGCCCUGGGGGCCCACGUUAUGGUGACAGUGAAAUGAUGUAUGAAGCUAUGAUUCAUAAUCAUAAACCUACUUUUAGUAUCCCUGAUAUUAAGGCUCUAUGUUCACUAUUAAAGUUGAUUAUUUGUUAUUUGGGCAUUUAUUUUGAACCCAUGAGUUACAAGUACCAGUGCUAAAGGGAUUUUGUUCAAACACAUUCUGUAAUUUUGUAUGCUUUAAGAAAAAUGACAAAAUCACAUAUGUCUUGUGGUAAUGGAAACGAUGUGGGUUUGUAGUAUUAAACAUUUGAUCACUGAUGUCAGUUGCAGCAUUGUUGAUUAAUUAAUUAUCAAAUAAUUGUAGUGACAUUUAACUUUUCUUUAAAGCUCUG